AUGGUUCACUACAUACGGUUUUUGAGUCCGCCGCAGGCAUUAACGGUUCAGAAGAGGACAAUCACUGUGUCUGCCGUGAUUGCCGUGACCACAGACCUAGGAGAUUCGUACCUUGUCGAAGAUGCUGACUUGAUUGUUCGCGUUGUCGAGGCUCAGACUAAUCAAGUGAUAUCCGAGCAGAAUGUUACCUGGAAAGCCUUCUCCAGAGCUCUCAAGGCGAACGUCCAAUGCAGUGGGAAGUAUAGCGGUCGGUCCGUAUGUGUACACGUCACAACCCUGACCACGCAGAGCAGCCUAGAUUCCAAGAAAAUUCCUUCAAUUCUCGAUGUCUGGAGCAGCACCUUUGCGCUCAGCGACAGGACCCGUUCAGAACCGAUAGUCGCUCGAAAACUGCCAUUGUCGAACGGCUCCCGACUACAGGUUUGGGAGGAAACUGGUGACUCCAUUGCUCGUCAUGUGUGGGAUGCGAGUUUGGGCUUUCUCAUGUACUUCGAAUUGGUAUUGCCAUCGGAGCCUUCCGACAAUGCUUCUUACCUGCAAACUUUGGUUCAGUCUUCCAAGUCGAAACCCCUCCAGGUACUUGAGCUUGGCACCGGCUGCGGCACCGUCGGGAUCGCGUUUGCUCAAUUGCUGGAGAGCAGUGUGGUGCUCACCGAUCUCGAAGAUGCCAUGGUUAUCCUCAGGGCCAAUGUCAAAAUCGCCAAACCGACAGCAUCCUCCACCCUUCGGGAUGAAGUCUUCGACUGGGGCGCCGAGCUGGAUGAUAGUUUCAGUUCCAAAUACGAUCUUAUCCUCGUAUCUGAUUGCAUCUAUAAUCCAGACAGCAGCGUGCAUUUGGUGAAGACUCUCCGCUUCUUGACAAGGUGUGCUCGGAAGGCGCUUAUAUUGGUUGGCUUCAAACGUCGGCACGAUGGAGACGAUGUCUUCUUUGAGCACAUGAAUGAGUCACGCUUCGAAGUACUCGAGCGGCACGAUAUCCAUCUACCUCAUCUUGCGAGUGACUAUGAUGCCUAUGCUCCGAUCAUCGAAUUCCACGUCUUUCGGGCCUCCCCUUGA